UUGAAAUUACGAUUUUGUCCUUCAUCUUCUCUGAAAAUCGGGAGAGAGAGAAAGGGAGAGAAAAUCGAAUGGUGUUGAAUCAGAAAACCGCAAGCAUUUCCAUGGAUUUUUGGACGACUUUUGAGCUGUGAUUCUGCACGAUUCCCUCAUGAAGUAGGCGACUUGAUUUCGUAAGAUUUGGUGAAAUCUCGGUCGUUGGAUUCGCCUCGAGAGAAAUGAACGGUGAUGACACCGCAGCUCCCUCCGCGCCUCCUCCGCCGCAACUGGAGUGGAAAUUCUCUCAGGUAUUCGGCGAGCGGGCGGCCGGCGAGGAAGUGCAGGAAGUUGAUAUUAUUUCUGCAAUUGAGUUUGAUAAAUCUGGUGACCACCUUGCUACUGGUGAUCGUGGGGGCCGGGUGGUUCUAUUUGAGAGGACUGAUACAAAGGAUCAUGGAGGAUCAAGAAGGGAUCUUGAGAGGAUGGACUACCCAAUUAGGCAUCCCGAAUUUCGUUAUAAAACCGAGUUUCAGAGCCAUGAACCUGAGUUUGACUAUCUGAAGAGCUUGGAAAUAGAGGAGAAAAUCAAUAAGAUCAGAUGGUGCCAGACAGCAAAUGGUGCCCUGUUUCUUCUAUCUACGAAUGAUAAAACCAUUAAGUUUUGGAAGGUCCAAGAAAAGAAGGUCAAGAAGAUUUCUGACAUGAAUUUGGAUCCUUCAAAAGCAGUAGGAAAUGGCAGUGUUGCUAGUUCAAGUAACUCAACAAGUCCUAAACCCUAUCUUGCAAAUGGUGGAUCCCCAGAUAGAUCUUACAGCUAUCUGAGCAAUGAUUUUUCCUUCCCUCCAGGGGGCAUUCCAUCUCUACGGUUGCCUACGGUAGUAUCAAGCCCUGAGACCAGCCUGGUGGCUAGAUGUCGUAGAGUUUAUGCUCAUGCUCACGACUAUCAUAUCAAUUCUAUUUCAAAUAAUAGUGAUGGUGAAACAUUUAUAUCAGCUGAUGAUCUGCGAAUAAACCUUUGGAACUUGGAAAUUAGCAACCAAAGCUUCAAUAUUGUUGAUGUGAAGCCUGCAAAUAUGGAGGAUCUAACUGAGGUGAUAACAUCAGCGGAGUUUCACCCUACCCAUUGUAACAUGUUAGCAUAUAGUAGUUCAAAAGGCUCAAUCCGCCUUAAUGAUUUGCGACAGUCAGCACUGUGUGAUUCUCAUUCUAAAUUGUUUGAGGAACAAGAGGCACCUGGUUCAAGAUCAUUUUUCACAGAGAUAAUUGCCUCAAUUUCAGACAUUAAAUUUUCCAAGGAUGGAAGAUUUAUACUCAGUCGAGAUUACAUGACCCUUAAGUUAUGGGACAUUAAUAUGGACUCAGGCCCAGUUUCAACCUUCCAGGUUCAUGAAUAUUUAAGACCUAAGUUGUGUGAUUUAUAUGAAAAUGAUUCAAUCUUUGAUAAAUUUGAAUGUUGUCUGAGUGGCGAUGGAAUGCGUGUAGCUACAGGUUCUUACAGCAAUCUUUUCCGAGUUUUUGGUUGUUCCCCAGGGAGCACUGAGGCAACGACCUUGGAAGCCAGUAAAAAUCCCAUGAGGAGACAAGUUCAAACCCCUUCGAGGCCUUCCAGAUCCUUGAGCAGUAUAACACGCGUUGUGAGGAGGGGAGCCGAUAGCCCAGGAGUUGAUGCAAAUGGAAAUUCUUUUGAUUUCACUACAAAGUUGCUACAUCUAGCAUGGCACCCAAGUGAAAACUCAAUCGCCUGCGCUGCUGCAAACAGCCUGUACAUGUAUUAUGCAUAAAGAUGGUCGAGGAAGAAGAAAUUGUAUUUGCUUGGUUAACUUUUUUUGGGUCGCUGCCGGAGAAGGCUACCUUCCCUUUCCUGCCAAUCAGCCAGUCGGAGGCUGCAUCAUCGAAUCUUCAAAUUCCUAACUGCCUCUUAAAAAUCUGUAUCACGGUGCUUUUAAGAUCAAGGUCCAGAAGUGACUGUCCCAGAAUCCAUGAGGUAGCAUCCUGUUCUUCCUCCCGGCUUGGCUGCUUGCUUUUGCCUUUUUUCCUUCCCUCCCCUUUCUUUCCUCCCAACCCCAACGCCUCCACCGUUUUCUUCUUUCUAAAUUCUCUUCAAAGAAAAAGAUGCAGCUCUGUUGUUAUUGUGUUGAGUUGAUGAUGAAGCCGAGAAAAAAAAAAAAGAAAGUGAUUGUAGCUCUCCUGCAACCGAAAACUGAAGGAUGUGCAAUAUUGCCAGUAGGGUUAAGAUAAUUGUAGUCUUUUUUUUUUUUUUCUCUUCUUUGGUGGGAAGGAGCUGUUGUUGAACUUUGCCUUGCAAUUAAUCUUAAUUAAUUUUUUCAUAUUGUUAAAACAUCAUUUGAGGAUUGUUUUAAUAAUGUUUUUGACUUUAAUUU